CGGCGCGAGCGCCGCAGUUUACUCACAUCAUGAGCAGGCUCUCUCCACAGUUAAAAAGUAAAUAAAUAAAAAAUAGCCGGUGCCGCUUCCACGUGUUUCCCGGAUACAAUUCAGGUUUCUCGUUUGUUUGUUUUUUUACGUGAUAAAAUGAGUCUUUUAAAGCUGCGCAGGAUAAAUCGAUUUCUCUCGUGACGGGGAUAUUUUUGACGCGUUUUGGGAUUUUCCCCAGAAGUCGAAGGUUUUUUUUUACUUUUCAUCCGAGCAUGGACAAGACUCAUCUUUCAAGCCCUACUGAUAUCAUAAUGACAAGCUCAACAGGCCCCUACCAACAGGAACCCCUGACUCCACCCAGGCCCAGCCAUCUCCACUCUUCAUCCUCUUCCUUAUCGUCACCCUCUCCUUCUUCUUCCUCAUCACCACUCAAACCCAACCAGGUUGGCCAGGUCUUCCUUUAUGGCGUUCCCAUUGUAUCACUGGUCAUAGAUAACACAGAGAGACUUUGCUUGGCGCAGAUUUCCAACACACUCCUCAAGAAUUACAGUUAUAAUGAGAUUCACAAUCGUCGGGUGGCACUGGGCAUCACCUGUGUUCAGUGCACGCCAGUUCAGCUGGAGAUACUCCGAAGGGCUGGCGCCAUGCCCAUCUCGUCACGACGCUGUGGCAUGAUCACCAAGCGUGAAGCUGAGCGUCUGUGCAAGUCCUUUCUCGGAGAGAACUCGCCGCCGAAACUGCCCGACAACUUUGCCUUCGAUGUAACGCAUGAGUGCGCCUGGGGUUGCCGUGGUAACUUCAUUCCUGCACGCUACAAUAGUUCAAGGGCCAAAUGCAUCAAGUGUUCCUUCUGCAACAUGUACUUCUCCCCAAAUAAGUUUAUUUUCCAUUCCCACCGCUCAACACCAGAAGCCAAGUAUACCCAGCCUGAUGCUGCCAACUUUAAUUCCUGGCGACGACACCUCAAACUAACCGACAAACAUCCACCAGAGGAGUUAAUUUAUGCGUGGGAAGAUGUCAAAGCUAUGUUCAAUGGAGGCAGCCGAAAGAGAGCCUUGCCCUCGUCUGCCCAGUGUUCUGCUAUGGGUCCCAUGAAGAGUCUGUCGGGUUCGGUGGUACCUCACGUAAUGGGACCUGAGCUGGGUGCUCAGAAAAGAACCCGCUUUGAAGAUGAGGACGAUCUGGAUGGAGGGAGUCUUUCUCCUCGUAAGACACCACGUAGUUACCCUGUCAUUCCUGUCCCAAGCAAAGGUUUCGGCAUGCUGCAGAAGUUCCCUCCUACAUCACUCUUCCCCUCCCCUUAUCCCUUUCCAGCAUUUGGCCUCUGCCAGCAGAAAAAAGAGGACAGUGAUGUGCCAGCUGGACAGAAAGGGGCAGGGUUGUCUGGUCUUUUAUGGCCCGGUCGAAAAGACUCUUUUUAUCCUCCUUUCUGCAUGUUUUGGCCACCAAGAGCAGCAGGAGGAAUCCCUGUCCCCACUUACAUCCAUCCUCAGCCCAGCACCCUCUCCUCCCUGACAGACAACCCCUCACUCAGGCAGGCCUUUCUGGAUCUCUCAGACCCCAGUGAAUCUGGGGCUGUGAGUGCAAAUGGAAGUGGGAUCAAUGCAACUAUGACUCCCAGUGGCAGGUCCACCACACCCAAAUCUGGGCUGUUUGACACAGAGUGUACAACAGUUACCACCGACCCUCGCCCUGUCACCUCAGAGGGCUGGCUCAAACUACUGGAGAACCCAACUCUCCAGUCAAGGAAGUCAAGCUAUGGCUCUGCGUUCCGACCUGUCAUCAAAGAUGCAGAAAGCAUUGCCAAGCUCCACAGCAAUGGCGGAGGGGUCACUGGAGCAACAGAUGAGGACUUUGUAGUCACCAGAUCAGACCAACACCCGCGGCUAUCACCAACUAGCAGUUGCAGCUAUGGAAGUGAAAGCGGAGGUGAUGGGGAACCAGAGGGAGCAGAAAGCGAGGAGGAGGGGGAAGUGGAUGUGGAGUCAUCAAAGCAAGAUGAUGAAGAGGAGGGAAGCUUUACAAACAGACCACCACAGACUCAAACCAACCUGUACCUCUCUGCGCUGAGUGACAGUGCUGGAGAGGAUAGGGGGAAAGAUAGAGGGAGUGGCGCAAUGUAUCCCGGUACGUCCCCUCGAUCCUCCUCAGAUCCAAUCCAGCAGGAGUCUCCCAGCCUGCCCACCUCCCCUCCUGCCAGCUUACCUCUCUCAAGCUCCACCCCACCUCACCGGGAGGACACAGCUUACAAAAACGUUCACAAAAACAGAGACGAAGGACUUCCUGCAUAUGCAACCAAAGAUAAUUCCAGCAUUUCCGAUGAAACAAAAGAACAGAAUAGUUUCUUUGUACCAGAGACUGAGACGUCGGCCCCGGACUACUGGAGGGAGAACUCAGGCGAUCAAAGCCAGGGUGCUGCUUCUCCUGUGCAGCUGAAAAAGGAUGUUGAGAGCAUGGAGAAAGAAGAGCUCCAGAAGGUUCUGCUGGAACAGAUCGACUUCAGGAGGAGACUGGAGCAAGAGUUUCACGCUUUGAAGGGCACCUCACCAUUUCCUGUCUUCCACAAUUUUCAAGAUCAGAUGAAACGAGAGCUCGCCUACAGAGAGGAGAUGGUCCAACAGUUACAGAUGAUUCCCUACGCAAACAUCAUCAGAAAAGAAAAGAUCAGCUCCCAUCUCAACAAGUAGCAAAGAGGAUUAGCACACAGAAAACUGACAGAGUCCAUCACCGACAGAGAGGAUGUGAAACUAUAUCAUACAUUAUAUUACUUUUCGCAGGACAGCAAUUAUUCUGCUGCUUCUUCGAUAUCGCCUCUGUUAGUUGCUCUCUACACACUGCCUGCUAAGAACUCAUGUGAGGCUGUGGGACAUCAUACUGGUAAAAGAUUUCUAAAGUUUUUCCUCUUCUUCCCUGGUUCAAGUUCCCUAACUGAACUUAAUUGACUGAAACCUGUGACACUGCGAGUGUGUUGGCAGUCACGUUCAAAGCAUUAACCAACCGGGACCAAAGCAACCUCGGCCUUUGAGGACCACCAGGAAGGCAGAUGUAGAUGUCAGAAAACUAAUUUCCAGGCAUAAAAAAAAAAAAAAAGAUUGGAUGUUUUUAUCUGCCCGUGGGCUCAACUGUACAUUGGCCAAACUCUGGAUGAAAAAAGACUAAGAUAGGUUGUAUUUGUAUCACCAAGUGAUGGCCCUGAAGAGAAACAAGCACGACAACAUUUAUUUAUUAUCAACAUUUGAUCCCAAAGGGACUUCAUCAUGUUCAACUCUAAUCCUUCCCUGUCAACACGAGCCACCACCACCAGUUUGUCAGUGGCUGGACACACACAACCUUGGUUUAGUAUGUCAGAUGAAUUAAAAUAAAUAAAUAAAGCACUUGAAUUUACAAUGGUACUAUUACAACAUGGUACCACAAAAAAAGUCCAUAUAUAUAUAUAUUCAUAAAUUUUGCAGUUUACAACUCUAUUAACAGCAUUUCAAAACCACCGUUUUUACCUUGUCCUUAAUUAAUGUCACAUCUGAUUAUAUUUAAUACUUUAUUUAUAAAGUCAAAGUUACCUGAAAUGAUAUCCUGUGUCACAUUAACUGCAGACUGUGUACCAUAUGGAACUGAGCAGCUGUAAGACAGUGAAGGUAUGGUUCAUUCUCCUGCCAGACGUUUUCCAGUUGUAACGUCUUAUGAUUAUCACUAAAUAAAUAUUGCUGCCAUCAGCUGCAGAAUCUGCCUCGUUGUUUUGGAAAUGAAAAACUCUGUACACGUGCUUUCUCUCCACAAAGAGCAUCCGAGAGCAAAGGCCUGAAGUUUGUCAGUGUUGUAUAUUUAUAUGUAAAUUAUUUCACCUUAUUGUAUAAAAUGUCAUACAUGUGAAUACUGAUCUUCACAGUCAUUCUACCUAUCUCUGUGUGUGUGUGGGUUUUUUGUUUUUUUUGCUUUUUUUUGUUUAUUUAUUUGAGUAUCAACUCCUGAGACCCCAAUUGUGAUAAUACUAUUUAUUAUAAUGUGAAAUGAAAAAGAAAGAGACACAGGGGUGGUGGCGAUGAUGGUGAUGUUUGAGCAAAAUCAAAAAGAGCAAAAAUGACAACCCAUUCAUCUUGUUUAUAAAAUAAAUGGACAAAGUUGUCAUUUACUGAGAAAAUGUUAUCAUUAGAAGCUGUUAUUGCAGAUGUAUUUCAGAAUGUUCUUGUAGUUUCUCUACUAUUUAUGUGUAAAUUAAAAGUCUAUAUGAAAAA